UGGUUUUUUGGAACAUCGAGAGCCUCCCGUUCCCCUUUCAUCACAUGACAUUUCAGUAUUGACAAAGGACAUGAAAACUACGUAUGGGAAGCUGCAGCAGAAGAGCAGCAGGAAGCGACACCGUAAUCAGGUAGAUGAGAAUGAUGCAAGCAUGCAGCAAGACACUUCAAUAUUCAGAAAGAGAAGUUGCUUCUUUCAGCUGCCAUACUGGGAAACACUUCUAUUGCGUCAUAAUCUGGAUCCUAUGCACAUAGAGAAGAAUGUGUUUGAGAACAUGGUGAUGAAACUAAAUCGGAAGAUGAAGAAGGUGAGUCUGGACAAGAAGAUGAACAUGAAGAAGAAGAGGAAGUUCGACAAGAACAGGAGAAAACACAUGAAGUUGUAGAGAAGACUAGAAGAGGACCUACUCACAUGAGGCGCUUCUGGAAAGAACAUGAUGUUGAUAACAAGAUCAAUUUGAAGUUCAACAGAUUUGGUCAGCCAUGUGGUUUGAAGACUUGCAAGCUGACAAAUUUUAUUGGAACCCUAGUGAAAGGAAAAGAAAUGUCCUUAGCUGCUCAAAACUGGAGCAAAGUACCAAAGUUAGAGAAAGAAAAGUUGUGGGGUUCUGUCCAGGCUUUUUUCAACAUUGAUGAGUCAUACAAAAGAUGGGUGUUGAGAUCAGCUAGUAAAAAAUGGAAAGACUUCAAGGUUGUUUUAAAGAGGAAAUACUACAAAGCUGAUUUGUCACGGGCACGGAAUAUUCUUAAUGGUUGUGAUAAUAGAAUUCCAAUUGGACAGUGGGAGUGGCUAGUAAAACACUGGAGAACAGAGAAAGCUAAGGAAAAAUCUGAGAGAAACAAAGCCACUCGGGCAUCGCAACUCGAGGGAUGCAACGGGACCCACACCGCUGGGUCACGAAGUUUUGCAGUUGUCCUUGAUCAAAUGGAGAUGGUAGAGGGUAGGGAAAUUGGGCGUGCCGAGCUUUACGUGGUUACGCAUACGAAAAACAAUGGAUAUCCAGUCAACCAACAAAGCGAAGUAAAAAUGGAUGAAAUUAAAAAAAGGAUUCGGGAAGAUCCUUCUUUGAUUGGUGAGGAGGCCCGUGAUGGUGAUCUUUAUUCAUCAAUUUUCCCAAAAGGAAAGAAAGGAAGGCCAAGUGGCCUUGGUCUAUUAGUAGGUGGAGUCGCUUCGGAGCGCCUUGCUCAAGUUGAAGCUGAACUACAUGUUGCUAAACAAGAGAACAUGGAGCUUCGGCAUGUGGUGCAUACUCUGCUGGCAAAUCAAACUUCAAUGAUGGCCAAGAGUGAGAGAAUGGCAGAACAGUACAAUGAGCUAAAAAGUUUGAUCAUAGCUUCUAGGGGGUCUGUUGAAAUGGGAGGAAUUCCAGAAAAGGAGCUUCCAAAUAAAGAACCUUCUAAGGACUUGGAAACCAUGAAUGACGAAGAACAAGCAACUUCACUUUCAUAUACUACCAAGGCAUCCGAGGCAAUGGCUGCUCCAAGGCUGCUCCAAGGCAAUGGCUACUCUAAGUUGGUGAAGGCAUCCCAACUGGAAUCAAAGACAACAGAAUCAGCACUACCAAGUCUUGCGCCUGUGCCAAAACCAAAGAAGACAAAGACAACUAAACAUAAGAAACCAGGAAUAUUUCAAACACCGCUCCAAAAUGGGCCAAAGGAUGGAUUAGAAGAUACCAUAAAGUGUGGCAUGGAAGUUAGUUUGACGUCGCCAAAUAGUGCAAGUGUGGUGGCAAUGGGAACCAUUCAGAAAACUGAUAGAAAAGCUAAAGCUAUUGAUGGCCAACCACUAGCUGAUUGUGUUGAAGUUCUUGUCAACGUCGUGCUCAAAGAAACAACUGAGCUGCCUCCUGCACAAGGGAAAAUAAACAAGCUAGGAAAUGCCCAAGCUAGGUGUAUUCCAUGGCCACGCAAAAAUAUUAUGCAAACAGAUCGUACUACCGUGCUGCACUCUAAGGUUUCUAGUGUUUGUAGUCAGGUGUCUUUCAAGAAUAGCGAGAAUGUGGAUCCCAACAAAACAACUAGUGGAACUCAGGUGACCAACCAUGAGACUGGUUGCAGUACUUCAGAAGGUGCAGUGAGUAAUACACUGAAGAGAAAGAAGGUUUCUAAAACAACAAGAAUGAAAAAAGCUACUCAAGCAAUCUCUGCUACAACCGGAAACAACAUACUUAGGAAUUCGGGCAGGGAAACAUGAAAGAUGGUCAUAGAAGCCUAGAAAUGCUGGUACACUGCUCAAGGUUGAAGUUGAAGGUGACACAUCGCUGAUUUGCUUGCCCUUGUGUGUGCCCGUCUAAGAUUGGCUUGCUCUUAUGCUGGUACACUGCUGAUUGGAUUGCUCUUGCAUCAAGCUGGAACACUUGUUCGUAUUGUUGUCACAACAUUAGGAAGUGACCUGUGUGUUUCUGAUUGAUACUUUGAUAUUGUUUCUGAAUUUGUGAAGAUGUUCUGAUGGUGAUGCUUUGCAUUAUUCGCAUGCACGAUGAUACUUCUAGCCGAUGCAAGCUUCUCAAUCUUUUUUUCUAUUGUAUGUGUGUUUUUACAGAGCUAGAUGCAAAUUAUUGAGCUUGUUGUAAUAGUGGUUUUAUCAUAUUCUUAUUAUGCAUAUGUAAAGUUUGUGGCAUUCUUAUGUGCCCUGGAAACAUUUUGGAGGCAAUACAAAAGACGCCACAUAAUGGUUUUGAGGCAUUCUUUAGAAAUGCCA